UCUUCGCAGUCUCACUGGUUGACGACGGAGGAGAGGAACCAGGUUCUGCUCGAUCUCAAAGCUGCAGGCUGGUCUGAGGUGGGCGAAAGAGAUGCCAUCUACAAAGAGUUCAAUUUCAAAAAUUUUAAUCAGGCUUUCGGGUUUAUGACGCGCGUGGCUCUGCAAGCAGAGAAGAUGAAUCACCACCCGGAAUGGUUCAACGUCUAUAGCAAGGUUCAGAUAACUCUGAUUUCCCACGACUGCGGGGGGCUGACCAAGAGAGACGUGAAGCUGGCUCAGUUCAUUGACAAAGCUGCCGCCGCGGUGUAACCGAGAUUGCCUUUCCCCAGCGAAGGGGCGGAUUUCCCUGAUAUGGUUUGAAAAAGUU